AUGGCAUCUAGACAGUCAAGACUAGAUGCAGAGAGAGAUUCUAUUAUAUUGCAGUCUAGGAAAAGUAACCGAGGUAGAUCACUCUCUCCAGCUCUCUCGGCUAGCAAUAGUAGAUCUUCAUCCAUACUGAAUGACGAAUUCAAGAAAGAUUUAAAGUGGACCGUAAUUAACCAUGACCCUCUGGAGAGAAUAAUUCCUCAGGAUGACUUAAAAAAGGACGAUGAUUUAUGGGACAAUGAGGUCAGUGAGGAGGAGCACAUAAGCGAUGACGAUAGCAACGAGAAAUUUCAAUAUGAUGAUACAGGUAACAUUCUUCCAAAUUAUGCCUGUCAUGAUGAUAAAAUUCACCAAAUUUCUAACAUCUUGGAAACCUCAAAUCUCAAUGAUGUGGCGACGAUAGGUAAAUUAGAAGAAUUAACUGCAAAUGAAAGAGCACUUGAGAAUACCAAAGUCGUUGGAAAUCCAAUUGAUGAAGAGGUAUUGAAUAAAAUAGCCACGGAUAAACAAAAGUUGAUGGACCAAGAGCAUCUAGAUUUGAAUAGGCCAGACUUUGAUGGCUCUUCCAGAAAACAACGUUUAGAGAACUAUUCGGAGUACAGGAAAAAGAUUAUUGAUCAAGAAAAUGAUAUACUAAAUCAUCAGGAUAGUAUUAAGCCUAGCGAUGUGGCCAAAAACUCUGAGUCUGCAAGCGAAGAUGGCCGGGAUUUCCUUGUGCCUUAUACCUCUGCUGUUGAAGACAAAUUGGAUAGGGAGUUCGCCUCCAGAUUGAAUGAAACAAUCAAGGAGGGGAAAAUCGAUUCCAACAAGACUCAAUCUAGGGCCAUUCAAACCAUCACUCGAGGUAAUUUCUUUCAGUUGAUCAAUCAUAAAAAUAAACCAAAAAUGUUCCUAGUAUGCAUGGAUUUUUCUCCUGAGUCCAUAUUCGCAUUAGAGUGGUGCCUUGGAACAGUCUUGGUAGAUGGUUCUGUAUUAUUCAUCGUAUGCGUUAUCGAAGAGAAUGAUUCAAAUCAUAAUUUGAAGGCUAAUCUUUCUAAUGAGUCGACUCGAGAGAAUCAAAGACUUGAUUUGUUAAACAGAGCAAAGCAACAGGUCGUAAACCUCUUAAAGCUUACCAAGUUACAGAUUCACGUUGUGAUUGAGGUUAUACAUCAUCCAAUUCCACGGCACUUGAUCCUUGAGUUGAUCGACAAUUUGCAACCCACGUUGGUUGUAGUUGGCUCAAAGGGCCAAUCUGCAAUUAAAGGGGUAUUGUUAGGCUCGUUAUCGAAUUACUUAGUUACGAAGCUGUGUGUUCCUGUGAUGGUUGUAAGAGAGAAAUUGAAAAAGAUAAGCAGAUUCAAGACAGGAUCAUCUGUCUUUUCCAAUAAUAUCAAGCCUCUUACUUUGUCUGAGGCUAGGAUUGAUUGA